GCAGGUGCCGCCCCCAACACACUGUGUCCCGCCCAUGUUGGUCCGCGUCUCUGCCGUCCGUCGGUACGUGCGUGCGCCUCGUCGGUCCGCGUGUUUCUGGCCGAGCGCCCCCUUCUUCUGCGGCCAUGACUCCGCCGCCACCCCAGCCACCGCCCCCGGGCCCGAAUCCCGCUGCAGACUCCGCAGCCGACCCCAGCCCAGGGCCUGGAACCCUGGUCGUACUGUUCGGGGCCACCGCCGGUGCGCUCGGGCCGGAUCUGGGCUCCGACGAGAGUGACUUAAUCCUCCUAGUCUGGCAAGUGGUGGAGCCUCGGAGCCGCCAGGUGGGGACGUUGCACAAGUCACUGAUUCGCGCCGAGGCGGCCGCGCUGAGCCAGCAGUGCCGCGAGGCGAGCGGCCUUAGCGCCGACAGCCUGGCGCGGGCUGAGCCUCUGGAUAAGGUGCUGCAACAGUUCUCACAGCUGGUGAGCGGGGAUGUGGCUCUGCUGGGCGGGGGCCCCUACAUACUCUGCACUGAUGGGCAGCAGCUGCUGCGACAGGUCCUACACCCUGAGGCUUCCAGGAAGAACCUGGUACUCCCCGACACCUUCUUCUCCUUCUACGACCUCCGCAGAGAAUUCCAUGUGCAACACCCGAGCGCCCGCCCUGCCAGGGACCUCACUGUGGCCACCAUGGCACAGGACUUGGGGCUAGAAACAGAUGCCACAGAGGAUGACUUUGGGGUCUGGGAAGUGAAGACAAUGGUAGCUGUCAUCCUCCACCUGCUCGAAGGGCCCAGUGGUCAAUUGUUUUUGAAGCCCGAGGUGGUAAAGCGGAAAUAUGAGUCAGGGCCUUGUAGCAAGGCUGACGCAGUGGACAGUGAGACUGUGGUUCGGGCCCGUGGGCUGCCCUGGCAGUCAUCAGACCAGGAUGUGGCUCGCUUCUUCAAAGGGCUGAACAUCGCCAGGGGUGGUGUAGCGCUCUGCCUCAAUGCCCAGGGCCGCAGAAAUGGCGAGGCCCUCAUCCACUUUGUGGACAGUGAGCAGCGGGACCUAGCACUGCAGAGACACAAACACCACAUGGGUGUCCGCUAUAUUGAGGUAUAUAAAGCAACAGGAGAGGAGUUUGUAAAGAUUGCAGGGGGCACAUCACUAGAGGUGGCUCGUUUCCUGUCCCGGGAAGACCAGGUGAUCCUGCGGCUGCGGGGACUGCCCUUCUCAGCUGGCCCAGCAGAUGUGCUGGGCUUCCUGGGGCCAGAGUGCCCAGUGACUGGGGGUGCAGAUGGGCUGCUCUUUGUGCGCCACCCUGAUGGCCGGCCCACUGGCGAUGCCUUUGCCCUGUUUGCCUGUGAGGAGCUGGCACAGGCUGCACUGCGCAGGCACAAGGGCAUGCUGGGUAAGCGAUACAUUGAACUCUUCCGGAGCACUGCAGCCGAGGUGCAGCAGGUCCUGAACCGCUAUGCAUCCAGCCCACUCCUUCCCACACUGACUGCUCCACUGCUGCCCAUCCCCUUCCCCCUGGCAGCUGGGACUGGGAGAGAUUGUGUCCGCCUGCGAGGCCUGCCCUACACAGCCACUAUCGAAGAUAUCUUGAGCUUUCUGGGGGAGGCAGCUACUGACAUCCGGCCCCACGGGGUGCACAUGGUGCUCAACCAGCAGGGCCGGCCAUCAGGCGAUGCCUUCAUUCAGAUGACAUCAGCAGAGCGGGCCCUGGCUGCUGCGCAGCGUUGCCAUAAGAAAGUGAUGAAGGAACGCUACGUGGAGGUGGUCCCAUGCUCCACAGAGGAGAUGAGCCGUGUGCUGAUGGGGGGCACCUUGGGCCGCAGUGGCAUGUCCCCUCCGCCCUGCAAGCUGCCCUGCCUCUCAACGCCCACCUACGCCACCUUCCAGGCCACCCCAACACUCAUCCCCACUGAGACAGCAGCUCUAUAUCCCUCUUCAGCACUGCUCCCAGCUGCCAGGGUGCCUGCUGCCCCCACCCCUGUUGCCUACUACCCAGGGCCAGCCACUCAACUCUACAUGAACUACACAGCGUACUACCCAAGCCCUCCAGUCUCCCCCACUGCUGUGGGCUACCUCACCACACCCCCUGCUGCCCUGGCCUCUGCUCCCACCUCAGUGUUGUCCCAGCCAGGAGCCCUGGUCCGUAUGCAGGGUGUCCCAUACACAGCUGGUAUGAAGGAUCUGCUCAGUGUCUUCCAGGCCUAUCAGCUAACACCUGAUGACUACAGCAGUUUGAUGCCUGUUGGAGACCCACCUCGCACUGUGUUACAGACCCCUAAAGAGUGGGUGUGUUUGUAGGUGAGGGAGCAAAUAGGUAAGAGCUGGCUGAUAUCCUCAGCUAACAUGCCUCUCCUACAUCCAGAGAACCAGUGUCCUCAACCUGGUGGCUUCUUGCUGGCUUGUCAAAGCUCUCAGUAGGUACCCAGAGGAGUCAAGCACCAGCUCCAUCCCUCACUUAACUGCUCUGCCUGUUCACCCCAAAGAUGGUGGCAGGACCCUGCAUGCAAAGCUGGGGGUGGAAUGGUGUUUCCUCUGCUCCUAGUGGCCUCAUCUGGGUCUGAGUAGCACCUAGAGAGCCCUUUGUCUGUUCCAGCUAUGAACCAGCUCAGAUUUUGUAGGGCAGAUGUUCACAGAUAGGCUUGCUUUCUUUUUAAGGAUGUAAGCACCUGUGCCUUCAAAAUAUGACUCCUGGGAAUUUCUGAGUAAAGAUCCCAAUGUUGUAUUUUCCCCUGUCCCUUCUGGUGGAGGGCAGGGAGGCAGAGUGCACUGUCCCCAACCCCCCAGGAUAUUUUGACCUCAGUGGCCACAUUGUGCCGGGGUGGUUCCACCUAAGGAUGCUAGCUGUCCAUCCCCCUGCCCACUCCACCUGCAGCUUUGUGGAUGGCAAAAUCAUGAGGCUGCUUUGCUGGACUGGACUGCACUACCCCCAGAGGACACUAGGCGGCAGAAGGCCCUCACACAAAAACUCAGGCUUGAAUUUUAAAGGGAACUUUCUGCCUACUCUUCACGUACACCUUGGGGCAGGCAGGUCAGUUGUCCUAAACUGAGCAGACGUCGUGGAAAGCCCUUUGCAUCCAUUAGAGGGUGUGGACUGAAGCUUCAGAAAGAAUGUGGAACUCUACCCUGUCCUUCAUAAAAUAAACAAAGGUUCCUAACCAAGUGGACUUUUUAAAAGCCGAAGUGCCCUCAGCUUUGGCCCCCAAGAGGGGCUUUAUGCCAGCCCCAGGUGGAGGAAAACUCAGGCAGAUUUCAAGGAGACUGUUGACCUGUCACCGUUUAUUAUUUCAGCACUGUAACCAAGGAGCCUGAAUUGUUGGCUCUUCCCUUUGUAUUUGUGUAAGGAGUACUGUACUCCUAUAAAAUGUUUUAAAAUACAAAAUGUACAAGAAAAUACAA